GCUCGCUGCUAGUUUGACAGACGUGUGUUGUUGCGGGGGGAUCGUUGUGUAUGAUGGCGGGAUAACUGGUGAUUAAUAAUAUAUAAUAAUUAUUUUCUUUUGCAAAAGUAUCUGAAACAUUUAUUGGAUAUUUUGACCGCUGUCAACUUGCUGAGUUGAAGAGUUGCCGCGAGGCAGACAUGUCAGAAGCUAGUGGGGACAAACGACCAGAUGGAGAGAACAAGACACCUGCCGGUCCGUCAUCCCAGGGCAGCAAUGCCUCGGCAACACCAGCUGGCACAGCCGCCAAACCUGUGAAACCUAACUAUGUCUUGAAGUUCACCCUAGCCGGUCACACCAAGGCAGUCUCGUCCGUCAAGUUCAGUCCAGAUGGCAACUGGCUGGCCAGCUCCUCGGCGGACAAGCUGAUUAAGGUGUGGGGCGCGUACGACGGCAAGUUCGAGAAGACGAUCGCCGGCCACAAGCUGGGCGUCUCGGACGUGGCCUGGGCCGUCGACAGCCGCCUGCUCGUCUCUGCCUCCGACGACAAGACGCUCAAAAUCUGGGAGCUCAGCUCGGGCAAGUGUUUGAAGACUCUCAAGGGUCACAGCAACUACGUGUUCUGUUGCAACUUCAACCCGCAGUCGAACCUCAUCGUAUCUGGCUCGUUUGACGAGUCGGUGCGGAUCUGGGACGUGAAGACGGGGAAGUGUCUGCGCACGCUGCCGGCCCACUCGGACCCCGUGUCGGCCGUGCACUUCAACCGGGACGGGUCGCUCAUCGUCUCCAGCAGCUACGACGGACUCUGCCGUAUCUGGGACACGGCCUCUGGCCAGUGCCUGAAGACGCUGAUCGACGACGACAACCCACCGGUAUCGUUCGUCAAGUUCUCCCCUAACGGCAAGUACAUCCUGGCCGCCACGCUGGAUAACACGCUCAAACUGUGGGACUACGCCAAGUGCAAGUGUCUGAAGACCUACACCGGGCACAAGAACGAGAAGUACUGCAUUUUCGCCAACUUCUCCGUCACAGGAGGAAAGUGGAUCGUGUCGGGCUCUGAGGACAACAUGGUCUACCUCUGGAACCUGCAGACCAAGGAGGUCGUCCAGAAACUGCAGGGACACAACGACGUGGUUCUCUGCACCGCCUGUCACCCCACCGAAAACAUCAUCGCGUCGGCGGCGCUGGAGAAUGACAAGACCAUCAAACUAUGGCGCUCUGACACGUGACCUGUCUACUCGAACAUGUUGGCGCGGCGUCAGGGCUGGGAACGCAGAACUUUUGCGGCAUCAUAGGGAUUCGUGACCUUCCGACACACGCGGAGAGCUGGGUGAUCCACGGGUCUUUGAUCUCGUGGACUUUGGAGUGUACCAUAGCGGCUCAUCGAAUGUGCCCGUCGCCUGUUGGGUGUACCUCAUAGGACCUGGUGGGAGGUGGGGUGCCGAUGGGUUUCGUCAUUGACUGGUUAGUCUGGGGGAGGACGGGAUGCGGCUGCGUGCGGCCGGAGCUGCCGCCGCACGCCGCCGCUGGCUUGUUGAUCCCCCGUCUGCAGCUUAGCUGCGCCAUGCUCUACAGAAAAUGGUGACACUCAUCUGCGUAGAUUGCAUUCAUCAAUCCAUAUAUGACCAUUGUGUUUGUGCAACUGAAGAUGUAAAAUGUGCGAACGAGUUUUCAGUCUCGUUAGUGAUUUUUUUUUUCCAGAAAGCCCUCGUCAUAUUUCAUUUCAUCUUCUGUCACAUUAAAAUAAAUAAUACUUGUAAUAACUGAAA